CGGAAAUAGUGAAAUUAAGGAAAAAAGUUGGCAUUUUUUGAUUCAUAGAAAUUCCUUUAAGAAAUAUUACGUUUUAAUGCUUCUGUGAAUAGUUAAUUACAUUCAAUAACUAGUUUAUAUAAAAGAAAUGCAUUAACAUAGUAAAAAUAAUAGCGAAUUUAUAGAAAAAGCUAUUUUAAAACCAUACAAGAUGAAAGACCAGUCACCACACAAAAUAAACAAUAGCUAUGAAUCGCCUUCAUCAGGUUCUGCGACAUCUUCUAGUUCCGCUGGAGAUGUUACAGCACAUAGAUUUAUGAAUUUAGACUUUAAUAAUGGAUAUGCAUUGAGUAGUUUAAUUCUAUCGAAUGUAAGUGAUUAUGAAAUGUAUAAUACGUCCGCGGAAGAAGGAAUCUUCCCAAAUGUACCAAGCACAUGUCCAAUAGCUGCUCCAAGCUAUGAGCCUGAAUAUGAUUAUUAUAAUCAAUAUAGUACAGCACCAUUAGUUUAUAGUUGGAUGCCAAUUGUUCCAGGAUUCACACAAGAACGUGCUGAUCAUUUAGUCAAAAAAGUACUGCCUCAUCCAUUAAACAUAUCCAAUAUAUCAACAGAAGGAAAUUCGUCCAUUAUAUCCGACCAAAAUACUAAAUUUGCAAACUCCUUAGUCCUUAAUAAUUCCGAUUCGAGACAAUAUAAUAUCCUUAAUAACAGUAGUGGAAUGACUUUUAAUCAUCAACUCGACGAUAGCUGUAAUGCAAUGGAUCUCAAUAUAUCAUGCAAUAUUCAGAAUGAAAACAACAAUCAAGAUUUAUCAUUUAAUGGAAAAUUUCCAAUGGAACUGACAACAACAACAACAGCAUCAUCGCUGAAUGAAGAAAGUCAAUUAAUUUUAAAGAAAAAUGAUAAAGAAAUUGAAAAGACUGCAUCAUCGCCUGUAAUGGAAGAUUGUGUAAAUAUCGCAGAUGAACAGGACGAAAACCAGGAAUGUAUAAAUAAUGCGGACGAGUCUGAGAAUGAGAAUGAAAAGUUGAGAAAUGAAAGCUUUGAAUUAUUGAAACAAGAGGAUAGUACCAAGAUGUUAUUCAUUAAUGAAAAUGAGAAAUCGCCAGUUAUGGAAUAUCAUGACGACAGCGAUGAUCAGGAAGACCCAAUUAAUUCUCACGACUCAAUUAAUAUUAAAUGUGACAAUACUAGCGAGACUAAAAUAGCCAUAAAUACAAGUAAUAAUACAAUAAUGCCUACAUUGAAGGAUCGAGAUGAUUUCUUGUUGAAAAAGUUUCAAUCAUCAUUAUCGGAAUUGCGUCCACCGCCUUCAAUUGCUACUUUACCAUUAUCUUUAAGUGAAAUGAUUGCAAUAUAUAAAAGAAAUUUGGACAAGCCAAAAGAGUCAUUUACUCCCAUUCAAAGCAACUUGAUGUUUAUUCCAUCACAUCCUUUAAACGAAACCAAGUCGAUGGAAUGGCCGGAAAUAUUGGAUGUAAAAGCCCACGGUAUAAUCUAUAAUAGAAGUACAGAUUGUGAAACAAUUGAAUUUAUGACUGUAAAAUAUGUCGAAAGAUUCAUUAAAGCAGAGACGACGUCAUCCUACAAUCACAAAGUUGGACCAUCAAGUGCGAAAAAGAAGAUAGAAAAAUUAAAAUUAUUGACACAAUCUCCGAGCAGUAGACUAAGUCAUUUAGCAAAUAGAAGAAAGAUUUUCUCAUCUGCUAAUUUGAAAUCAACGUCGGCGACUACUAGUCAUAAAUCACUCGCCAGUAGCAAGACACUAAUGGUUGAUAAAACAAAACUUUAUCAAAAGAAGAAGCGUACGUCAGCGAAGAAAAAGACACCCGGAAAACGAAAGACACCAAGAUCAGCAAAACGACAGAAUUUGCAAGUAAUGACGAAACCUGAAACUGCGGCGUCUUCAAAAAGAGCACUAUUCAUUAGCCCAAUGAAAACUAAGAAUGAUAUCUCAACAUUAUCAAGAUUAAACCGAGAAUUACCUACAAGAGGACAGUUACCAAAAAGAACUUUAUUCUCUCCGCCUCAAAAUGCAAAACGUAAGCGCUCACCAUCACCAGAUGUUGAAAAUAAAUACGGAAAAUCAAGGAGACUGGAUUCUCCAUCAAAAUUGCUCAAAAGUAAAAGCUUCUCAAUUGCUCCUGCAUCAUCUUCUGGAUCUUUAGAUGAACAUUUUAGAAAGACAUUAUAUUAUAGGACGCAAUCGGAAGCUGUUCUUAAUCAAUCGAUUGUUGCUGGAAGCAGUAAAAGUAGCAGUAGUACUAUUGGAUUCAGAAAACCAUUCUUAGACACUGAGAAAAAGAAAUUGUUAUGGACUGCAUCUUCAGCACUUCAGUCGAAGCAAAUUAAUAGAGAUCAUGAGAAAUUCAAGGAAUAUAUGUCAACACUUUGUAAAUUGGUGAAGAAAGUUUUUACAGAAUUUUAUAAUCCAACAAAAAGUAUGAGUGCGCAAAUGACAAAGUUCUCAAAUCUUAUGGUCUUUUACGUCAUACAAGGUCGUUCUUUUGACGAGAUUUAUCUAAUGACGAAGAGUAAACUUGAAGCACAAAAUCCAACAAAAGUUUCUGGAUAUAUAGGACAUGAUGAUUAUCAGAAGAAUCACUUUAUUCGUAAGAAUUCGUCGCUUUUAUUAAUGUCAAGUUCUUGCUCAUCAUUCAGCCUUAAUGAAAACAGUGAUAGUCUAAUGGACUCAACAUUUGACAGAAGCGGAAGUGACACAUCAAUAAACUGUUCGUCCAAGAAUAGUGAGAAAGUUUUAAGGGAAAAUUUUUCAAAUAAUGCUCGGGAUAAAUCAACAAAAAAAUUAUUUUCUACCAGCGAAUCUAAUCUUAAUGCACUAAAAACUAGCACACCGUCUUCACAAGUCCUCAAAGCUAAACGUCAAAUAUCAUUUUAAUUACCCAUUUAUUCUUUAAUUAUAGUGAAUUAUACUGUUUUGAUUUUCUGAUGGGUGUGUGUUCAAAAAAUGAAUUCGAGUGUGUGAAUAAUAUAAAUGAAAUUAGC